AUGCGAGCUAGCCACGGCCGAAAUAAUAACAGAGGCAAUCAAGAAAAAGCUAAUGUUCGCCAUGAUACAGGAGCCCUAUAUCGGCCGCAUAGGUCAGAUGAAAACCUACCCGGGAACCAGAAUAGCGCAAAAAGACGCCUUGACACCGAAAAGGUGAAUAAGGCAGCUAUUGUGCUAUUCGACGACACCAUCGACAUGACCCAAUGCCCCAGUCUGACGACGGGGAACAUUGCAGUCGCUAGGUUGAGGACGGGGGCAUGGGAGAUGGGGGUGGUGUCCGUCUACUUGGAGGGAGAAAAGCCGAUCGAACCACAUCUGAGAAUGAUCGAAGCGGCCGUGGUGGGACUACGCACCAAAAACGUGAUACUCGGUGGGGAUGUGAAUGCCUAG